AUGCUACAUUCGAUAAACAAAAUUGAACAUGUUGAUAAUAGUGAAGAACGUGCGGGUCUAUUCAAAUCUCAUCAAUAUAAUUAUAAUGAUAAUACCGGAAAAAAAUCACCUUAUAUAGUUGUCGAUGAAAAUAAUGUUGAUGAAAAUCAACGAUUAGUUGUUAUUGAUGAAUCUCAACCAUUAGUCAGGUGUAAUGUACUUUAUUUGGGUACAGCUAUUCCAUCACCAGAUAAGCAUGGUAUUGAUUCUUUACAAGAACCAUUAUCGAGACGAUAUCCAACCGAUGGAAAUGAAUCUGUUCGAGGUAUUGAAGCAUGGUUAUCUGUCGAUGCAAGUGGUUUACAAAUACAAUUUGUUUCUGAUCCAUCAAUUAUGAUUUAUUAUCCAAUUCGUUCUCUUGUCUAUUGUGCUAGUGUACGUUUUGUAACACGAACAACAACAGGUGAUAAAAUUCGAAAUGGUGGACGUUUUGUUCCAUUAGAUUCUCCAGAAGCUCAUCAUAUAGGAAAUAUACGAAAUCCACCAUUAUUUGCUAUUACGUUUCAACGAACACGUCAUUUACCUGUAGAUGAAUGUCAUUGUUUUGUUUUAAAAUCUAAACAAGUUGCAUUAGACCUUGUUCAAGCUUGUUAUGAUGCAUAUGAAACAACUGAUUCACGACAAGAUUGUUCAAAAGUUCCACUUUAUUUUAAAAUUAAUCAUGAUGGAUCAAAUAUUCAAGAAACUGAUGAUGAAAUACGCAUUGUACCAGCAUUAGAUGCAGAAAAAACAAUAGAUUAUCAAAUAAAUAAUAAAUGUGCUGGUUUUUUCUAUACAACAGAUCAAGUAUCGCUUUGUUCUUGGCAAAUAUGGGAACAUCCUAAAUAUGAUAGUGAUCGACCAUCAAGUCGUCAGUCUUUAAGAUCAGUAUCAUCUGUUUCAUCAUAUCGUAGUACUCAUCAACAUCGUCGUACAACUAUCCCAUCAAGUCCUAGCAUUCAGCUAUCUUUAUCCGAAUUUCAAUCUAAGUCAAGAAAUAAUUCUAUUAAAGAAUCAUUAGAACCAGCAGCAAUUGAUCCAUUUGCUCCUGAUCCUAAUGUUAUUCGUGUUGAACGUAUAAAAGAUGCUAAUACAGGUCAAGAUAUUUUUAUUCGAUUUCUUCGUAAUACAUUAGAAACUUCCAAACAAUCAUCAUUAAAUCAAAAACCUCCUUAUGAUUUUCAUAUAGAAUUUAAAAAUGAUUAUCAAUUAGAAGGAGAAAUAUCUAAUGAAAUGAAACAUCUAAUAAUAGAUGAUGAACAUGUUAAAAAAUCAACCACGAUUGACGAAGAACAUUUUGAAAAUCUGGGUAUAAGUGAUUAUGAAAAUUUUGAAAAAUCGGCUACAACUAAUGAUGAACAUAUUAAAAGUCCAACUACAACCGACGACAAACAUUCUCCAGAACCGGUCACAAUUUAUGAUGAGAGUGUUAAAAAUCCGGCUACGACUGACGAUGAAUAUUUUAAAAAAUCGCCUACAAUUAACGAAGAACAUUUUGAAAAUCCGGGUAUAAUUUAUUAUGAAAAUUUUGAAAAAUCGGCUACAACUUAUGACAAAUAUAUUAAAAGUCCAACUACAACCGACGACAAACAUUCUCCAGAACCGGUCACAAUUAAUGAUGAGAAUGUUAAAAAUCCGGCUACAACUGACGAUGAAUAUUUUAAAAAAUCGCCUACAAUUAACGAAGAACAUUUUGAAAAUCCUGGUAUAAUUUAUUAUGAAAAUUUUGAAAAAUCGGCUACAACUUAUGAUAAAUAUAUUAAAAGUCCAACUACAACCGACGACAAACAUUCUCCAGAACCGGUCACAAUUUAUGAUGAGAGUGUUAAAAAUCCGGCUACAACUGACGAUGAAUAUUUUAAAAAAUCGGCCACGAUGGAUGACGAACAUUUUAGAAAAUCGGGCACAAGUGAUUAUGGACAUUUGGAAAAAUCAGCUACAGCUGAUGAUGAGCGUUCUAAAAAACGGAUCACAAUCGACAAGAAACAUAUUAAGAAGCCAGCCACAACCGAUGAUGAACAUAGUAAAAAACCAACGAUAAUCAAUGAUAGACAUUAUAAAAAAUCGACCAGAAUUGAUGAUGACUAUGUUAAAAAGUCAAGCACUAUCGAUGACAGACAUCUUAAAAAACCGUCUAAAAUUGAUGACAAACAUUCUAGAAAAUCGCGCAUAAGUGAUUAUGGACAUUUUGAAAAACCGGCUACAACUGAUGAUGUAUAUGUUAAAAAAACAAGCACAAUCGAUGACAAACAUUUUAAAAAAUCGGCCAGAAUUCAUGAUAACCAUUUUAAAAAACGGAUCACAACUGGUGACAAACAUUUUAAAAAGCCGUCUAGAAUUGACGACGAACAUUCUGAAAAGUUAGGCAUAAGUGAUUAUAGGCAUUUUAAAAAAUCGACCACAAUUGAUUAUAAUAAACCACAAUUUGUAAUAACCGAUCAUAAGCGAAAAAAAUCAAAGAGAAGACAUAAAAAACACAAUCAUCACAAUUAUGUAGUUAUUGAGGAAUAUUUUGAAGGUCAUCAUAAAAAAAAGGAUUCGCAUACAACUCAUAAAAAACAUCGACACAACCAUGGUGAAAUUAUUAAUUUAUCUUUAAUGCCAUUAAUACAACCACAAUCUGCUACGGGAGUGUUCAGUACGACAUAUCCACAUGAGACGAUACAGCCGUAUGAGAGAACAUAUUCAUAUGACAGGAUGCCUUCAUAUGAGUUAAGAUCUCCAUAUGAGACACCAUUUACAUUUCAUACAUUACCAUUAUCACACGAAUCAAGUUUUAUUAACAAUCCUUCUCCAUAUUGGUUUUAUACAAUGUAA